UUGCGCACACGCGCACGCGCGCACGCACACACACAUACACACACACACACACACACUAUCUUUCAAAGUGCAAUUUGUCUUGGACAAGCCAAUGUGAAGGCAGAGCUGGUUCCACCAAUGGCAGCGCAGCCCUGCUGUCCAGCCAGUCUGGGGCUGUAUUCUAAUGGGCUCUAUCUUUAUCAGGGAAAUGGUGCUUCUCUGAACUUCAACUUCUCAUGGAGGGUCCCCAGACUCAGGGGCAGAAGAGGGAUGUGAGCUGAGACCUGGGGAGAUCUUCUCUCAGCUGGGGCUGGGGGGGGGGCCUCACUGCGGGAGCACCUCACUUCCGAGUGGCUGACGUGGGUGCCCGGGCGAGGGCUGGGCUGGGCGCCUUGGAGGGAGGGCAGUCUGGGCUGGGCUUGUGGCCCUCAGACCUGCCAUGGGGUUCCGGGCUGGAGCCGAGGGUCUCAGGCACUAGGGACCUCGGCGUGUCCGGCCGGGGAUCAUGGAGGCCAACCUGCAGGGGACGUUCCUGCUCAACAACACGUCGCUCGCUCAGUUCUCGGAAAUGAAGGCCCCUGUGUGCCAGUACUCCGUGCAGAACUCCUUCUACAAGCUCAGCGCUCCAGGGCUGGGCCCCCAGCUGGCCGCCGGGACCCCCCACGGCAUCUCCGACAUCCUGAGCAGGCCGGUGGCCACCCCGAACAGCAGCCUUCUCUCCAGCUACCCCCAUGUGGCAGGCUUCGGUGGACUCGGCUCCCAGGGGGUCUACUACGGUCCCCCAAUGGGGAAUUUCUCUAAGGCUGGGAACGAGUACCCACCCCGGACCCGGAACUGCUGGGCAGACACGGGCCAGGACUGGCGAGGCGUUCGGCAGUGCAGCCACACCCCGGACCCCCUGAGCGACAGUAUCCACAAGAAGAAGCACACCCGGCCCACCUUCACCGGACACCAGAUCUUUGCCCUGGAGAAGACCUUUGAGCAGACCAAGUACUUGGCUGGCCCAGAGAGGGCACGCCUGGCCUACUCCCUGGGCAUGACAGAGUCACAGGUCAAGGUGUGGUUCCAGAACCGCAGGACCAAGUGGCGCAAGAAGAGCGCGCUCGAGCCCUCGUCGUCCACCCCGCGGGCCCCGGCUGGGGAGCGCGCCGCCUCCGAGACCGACGACGACGAGUACAACAAGCCGCUGGACCCGGACUCGGACGACGAGAAGAUCCGCCUGCUGCUGCGCAAGCACCGCGCCGCCUUCUCAGUGCUGGGCCUGGGCGCGCACGGCGUCUGACCUGCCGGGGAGGCGCGGGGCUGGGGGCCUGGGCCCGGGAGGGACAGGCGCGGGGAUGGGGGGCAGGGGGCUGGGGGCGAGUGUCCAGCAAAGAGGGAGCCAGAGAGGAGAGGCGGACCCCGCCCCUGGACCUGGCGCCCGUCUGGUCCUGCCAACUCUGUAGCCAGGAGAGCUCAGGCGGGGGAGGGACCAGGCUCUGCAGCCAGUAGAACGGCCGUGAAGUCCCAGACAGGCCGAGGUCUUGCGGCUGGGGGGGACCUUCCUCUGGUACUGGCCGGGUACCAGUGACCAAAGGCAGGAGGAAAGAUGCCCUGUUCAGUCUUGACAUCACUUCCCCGGAAAAACCCACCGGGGAGGGGGGACAGCCAAAUACUGGACACUGGAAGGAAUCCACCUCCAGCUGAGGCGGGUCCCAGCCAGGAGGAGCCCCCCUGACAUCCUAACACAAGGACCGUAGUCUGGAGAGGAGAGAUGCUCGCUCCCCCCCCCACGGCCCCCUUCUGCGGGAGGCAGGGAAGUGGGGAGCAGGGCGCACUGGAGCAGAGAACGCUGGAGGACUUCCUGCUGCCCCUGUACACGGGGCACUCGCUGAAGGAAGAGACCCCAGAAGGGCCAGCACAGGCCUGCAGCCCUCCCUCCUCGGACCACCCUCGGCCGCCUCUGGGUGCUGAGAGGGUGGGGACGCAGCUUCUGGC